AUGACUAUUAAUGAUCAUGAUAAUGGAAAUAUUGCUAAAUAUUAUGGAAUUUCAAAAAUCCUUCCACACAUAACUACAUUUUUGUUACGGAGGUGGAAAGAUAAAGUAGACAUAUUAUCUUCAAUAGCAGUGGGUCUUGAAAUCUUACAUACAGAAAGUAUAGUUCAUUGUAACCUUCAUAGUGGAAAUAUUUUAGAUGGUGCUGAUUCAGCUAUUAUAGAUUUAGAUUUAUUGAAUAAUAAUGAUAUGCGACAACAUAAAAUUGCUGAUGAAAAUCAAAAAAAUACAUCAAAAUCUCAAAAGCAAGAAUUAUUCGAAUUGCUUUCUGAUUCAAAUAAGUUACGUCACAAUCAUGCUAUAUUGGACGAUGUAUUCAUACUCUUCAUGGAUUGUAUGAUUUAUUGGAAAUAA